AAAAAUUCUUUCUCCUCCACUCUGUUUAGCAGUCGUGUCGGUUCUCUCUCCGCCUAUCCGUUUUCUCCUCAUUUCUUAGUUAACCUACCCCAAUCCCUUCCCUCUCAAAAUCCCUCCAUUUUUGCUUUUACCCACCUUCAUUUUGAGCUCCUUUUACUGUUUUAGUGUCUGGUCUUGCUUGUUCUUGGGUGCGAUUUCAGUUUCUGUACUUUUAUUGGAUCGUGGGUCGUGAUCUUUGAAGCUGGAAGUGUGAUCAGUGUGUUUGGAGUAGCUGGGGUUCAAUUUGUGGUUUAGAUCUUCUGAGUAGUGGAAAGAAAUGGUGGAUCUAAGUGACAGGGGAUCGGAAUCUGAAGAUAUGAGUAGCCAAACGCCGACACCGGAAAGGGAAACAAAUACUCAGAUCAAAACCUGUGCUGAUUGUGGCACCACCAAAACUCCUCUCUGGCGCGGCGGCCCCGCCGGCCCUAAGUCUUUAUGCAAUGCCUGCGGGAUUCGGAGCCGAAAAAGGCGUAGAGCUCUUCUGGGUCUCAACAAAGACGACAAAAAAUCAAAGAAAUCGGCCGCCGGAGCCGGAGCCGCAGCCGUCACCGGCGGCGGCAGCAACAAGAACAGUAGCGGCAGCUCGAGCGACAGUGGCAGCAGCAGCGGCGGGAGGAGUGGGGGGAUUUCUCCGGCCGCCGGUGGCCGGAGAUUCUUGCCGUUUGGCCGGGAAGUGGCGUUGCAGAAACCGAGAUCGCAGCAGGCGCGGCGGAAGAUGGGGGAAGUAGAAAAAGCUGCUUUUCUGUUGAUGGCGUUGUCGUGUGGCUCUGUUUUUGCUUAGAUUAAUUAUUAUUAAUGGAGGAUUAUUAAGGAUUAAGGAAAAUGUAGUCUUAAUUACUACUAGUUUUGGUGAAUGAUUAGGGGAAGACAGCAAAGUUGAUCAAGAUUGGAGGCUCUUUCAAAUGUAGGGUUGAGAUUCAAUCGUGUAUUCUCCUAUGUUAUUUUUAUCAUUAUUAUUAUUAUUGAAAAUUGCUAACUUUUGUCCCCA